AUGUUUGAGCCUCUGUGCGAGUUGCUCGUCGAGGACCCGCAGGCACUCAUAGAAGAUGAGCGUGUGCUUGGCGAGAAGGCCGGGAGACUCUUUGGCUUCCGUGACUUUAGCGCCUACGCCGCGCUUGGCGGCGCUGUGUAUCCACCGCUGCGAUGCGCCAACGAUGGUGUCGUGGCGUGGGAUGCAGUGCACGGCAUGAAUGGCUCCAACAACGGCAACGGGAGGACGCGGGCCACCGAUUCUGCCUCAUCUUUGUCCGCAGACGGGGCCGCCGUCCUCACGUCGUCGUCGCUGCACGGCCAGGUUGAGAUGGAGACGAGGUGGUGGUCGUCGCUGGCGACUGCGAUAGAGGCGCAUCGGCGAGCUCGUCCUGGAUGUCGCUCUUGGCUUCACCAGCUGUGCUCAUCAGCGCCGCAUCUCCUUCCCUAUCUUACCCACUGCCUAAUCAAGACGGUAUCCUUUGUGCUGCCAGGCCUCCGCAGCAUAUUCCCGACUGCCUUACCGAGUGCGCGGCUGCCGUUACGGGCGCGGCGCUCUCGCUGUGGUGGGCCGGAGCGUGUAACGGGUCUUAGCUUCCACUCUUCGUACAUGUGGCUUGCAGUGGCGGUGGAGGAAGGCGGCGCCGAUGCCUCGACGCGCGUCGUCGUGUACGACGUGGGUGAAGAGAGGGUAAUAUGUGUCCUGACGCAUGCCUUUCAGAAGGAGGUGAGCUGGCUGCAGUGGAAGCCACAGUCGCGCGAUGUCCUGGCGGUGGGGUGCUGCGGCGGCGUACUGCUCUGGAGGCUGUUGGCGGGCUCCUCAGACCGCACCGCUGAUGCAUCCUGGUCCGUUGCAAGGACAUUGGCAAGCGCGGAUGCUGCCGCCCGCGUCUUAUUCUACCCCACCAGCAGCGGCGUCACCAUCACCGCCGGGGCCUUUGCUCAUCAGGACGCGAACACACUCGCCUGCGCCAGUAAUGCCGACACGCGCCUCUUUUUUCUCCAAUUGAAUGAGCCACCCUUUCACCCGCAGGCAUGCGGCACCGUUGUCGUCCCCUCUGUCGACGGCGGGCUGGGUCAGGUUGUGUUCGAUGACAAUGACUUGUUCCUGCUCUGCACGGUGUGCGAACACGGAUCCCUGGCACUGGUGCGCAUCCGGCCUUCACCCACGUUUGCGUCCGGCGCUGCGUCGGCCGCGGCGUUCCAGUCGUGUGUCGUGCCCACGCCAGCCCCGGUGGACUGCGUCGUGCGUGCCACGGGUCUUGGGCCUUCCCUGUACUUCAUGAGCACUGCCGGGCUCGAGGGUGUCCUGCUCGCCCGCAUCAACCCCUUCAUUGGCGUCGAGGUCGUCUCUAUGAUCUCUACCGGGUUGUACCGUGGUGUGGGUGGCUGUGUCACCCGCUUCGAGUGCAGCCGCCGCCGUCUGUGGAUCCAGACAGAGACGAACCACCUGCUGGUGUGCCGGUGCGGGUUGCGGGACGGUGUCAUCUCGCUAAUCCCAAUCGGCGUGACCGCGAUGGAGGUGGUGGAAAUGGCAUCCUUUGCAGGGUGCAAGACGGGCUCCCUCGUCGCAGCGUUGGAGGUGGAUGGUACCAUUCAGUUUCUUCCCUCCUAUCAUGGUUAG